GUUUCUGCUGCAUGUUGUUAUUGCUGUCGCCGCAGUGUUUCUUUUACGAUGUUUAUAUAAAUGCAAACUGCUAUCAGCUGCUCAUAUCGCUAAGUUUGCUGAUUAUGUCCUUUUAAAUACCCAGGUUAAUACAGUUUGUCCUUUUAAAUACUCAGGUGCGCUGCGAAAAUUGCCUCUAUCAUUCAUCUCUUUGGGUUAUGAUCUGCAUACUUCUAUGUAUUGAUCUUUAGUAAGAGGCAACGAUCGCCAACUGGCAUAAUUAUUUCGAACUUUGCUGUAAAACGUCAAGAAUGAUGAAUGUAACCGCUGCUUUUGGAUUAUUGGCUGUACUUGCCAGCAUUAGCAACAGUUUGUGUGAGGAGAAGCCCACCGUCCAUCUUUCACCGGGAGUAGAAAUGCAGGGAGAAAAACAGUUCUCAUCGAAGUAUCCAGAACGAUCUGGUUACGCUUAUUACGGCAUCCGUUAUGGCACUGCCCGACGAUUUGAGCACUCCACCGAAAACACGGAUUUUGGGUAUUUGCAAGAUCCUGCUCAUCCAAAACAGGGAUUCGCCUGUCCGCAGUCGUCAGCAGCAAUUGGACUGGCGGAAGCUCCACAAGCGCUAGCAAUGGAUGAAGACUGCUUGUACCUGGAUAUUUUUGUUCCGAGCACAGCUAAAACGUCGCAACGCUUGCUGCCGGUGAUGGUUUUCAUAUAUGGCGGCGCUUUUCAAAUUGGAAACAAGGACGAAUGCAACGGCACGUUUCUGGCACUGGAAACCGAUGCUGUUUAUGUGGCGCUCAAUUACCGGGUCUCGAUAUUUGGGUUUUUAAGUACUGGCGACGAAAAUUUGCCAGGAAAUUAUGGCGUAGGCGAUUGCAAGACGGCCUUGAAUUGGAUUGUCAAGCACAUUGAAAAAUUCAGCGGAGAUGUCAAUCAAAUCACCGUUUUUGGGCAAAGCGCCGGCGCCAUACUGACUUCGACUCUGUACAUGGACCCAGAAAGCCGAGAACGCAUUCGCGCUGCUCUGGCUUUGAGCGGUAGUAUUCUGAUGGACAACGCCUUGAAAAGUGAUCCUAAACCGGUCCCUAUGGAAUUGGCUGAAAAGGUCAACUGUACACGUCGGUCUACCAGGGAAAUGGUGCACUGUUUGAAGGACGUACCCGUCUCCGUGUUAUUACAAGCUGCAAAGAAACUGGAGCCUGGGAAUCCGGAAACUAUUCCUUAUGGACUGGUGGUCGACCACGUACAUAUCAAAGAGCUACCAAGAUUAGCUUUAAAACAUGCGGGCACCACUUCCAAGAAAUCCACAUUGAUUUCGGGAUAUUUACGAGAGGAUAACUCCGCAUUAUUAGGCAUGUCCUAUCCACAGCUUUUCGAUCCAGCUGUGCCGGUAACGUAUGGACUACUGAAAGAAAUCGUUGCGAGGCACUUUAUACCGACCAGUGACCGCUGCACAACACUGAAGUACGACCAGGCCGAGCGGGCCAUGAAUUACUACAGCAUAAGCGAAACCGAUGAGCGCUCCGAGAUGAUGCGGAAGGUCAUUCUGCUAUCGACCGAUGCGGUGUGGGGAUAUCCGCCUAUGAAAGAGCUGUCUAUAUACGCCCAGAAUAUGCCAGCAAACGGCGGGGAAAACCAGUUUUAUCUAAUUUCGUUUGAUCAGAAAUUUAUGGACUACGGAGCUUUUCAUGGCCUGGAUAUGUUGUACAUUUUUGGCGAUGAGCUCAAUAAACUGUACUACCAACUUCCCUUCAAUGCUACCGUACAAACAAGUCUCCUGACCAUGAUGCGACAAAUCGUGCACAACGGACGAAUGGACGGGCCUGCUUUUAAUCGGGAAGGAGCACACCUGGAAUUACCACAGAAAGGCCUAUGGGAGCUUGGCCACACGGACGUCCGUGCUCGCGUUAAAUUUUGGGAUAGCGUAGCAGAUACGCCAUGCCCAAAAAGUGAAUCCAGAUUAUAUGAAAGGGAAGCAUUUCGUUCUAGUGAAGAACUGUAACACAAUUGUUCGUUGGCUUUAUUACACUGCAAUUUCUGCGCAAAAUUUCUGAAACGGUGAGCCACUUAGGCACACUUGCUAAUGCAGUAAAUCGACAUUCUUCGGAUUCCGGACACUUGCAUAAUAUGCAUUCGCGUGCCGGACACCAGAAGCACGGUAUUCUCUGCGUUUUUCCACAUGGGAAAAACGUUUCAAAAAAGAUAUGAUUAUUGUUGUCAUACCCGCUUCUAUACGAGAUUUAUAAAAAAAUGCUAGGUUUUCGAAUGGCAGCCGAUCAGUACCUGGCUGAUAAAA